GAGCAAAUGUCCAAUGGCAGCUCUCUCAACAAGUUCCUCCUCCUGCCAUUCACAGACACACGGGAGCUGCAGCUCUUGCACUUCUCACUCUUCCUGGGCAUCUACUUGGCUGCCCUCCUGGGCAAUGGAGUCAUCAUCACAGCCAUAGCCUGCGACCACCACCUCCACACCCCCAUGUACUUCUUCCUCCUCAACCUCUCCCUCCUUGAUCUUGGCUCCAUCUCCACCACUGUCCCAAAAUGCAUGGCCAAUUCCCUCUGGAACACCAGAGCCAUUUCCUACUGGGGAUGUGUUGCACAGGUCUUUCUGUUUGUCUUUUUCAUGGCAUCAGAGUAUUAUCUCCUCACAGUCAUGGCCUACGACCGCUAUGUUGCCAUCUGCAGACCCCUGCACUAUGGGACCCUCAUGGACAGCAGAGCUUGUUUCCAAAUUGCAGCAGCUGCCUGGACAAGUGGGUUUCUCUAUUCCCUUCUGCACACUGCUAGUACAUUUUCCUUACCACUCUGCCAAGGCAAUGUGGUUCAGCAGUUCUUCUGCGAAAUCCCUCAGAUCCUCAAGCUCUCUUGCACAGAUGCCUACCUCAGGGAAAGUGGAGUUAUUGUGGUUAGUGCUUGUUUAGUUUUGGGGUGUUUCCUUUUCAUUGUGGUGUCCUACGUGCAGAUUUUCAGAGCUGUACUGAGGAUCUCCUCUGAGCAGGGCCGCCACAAAGCCUUUUCCAUGUGCUUCCCACAUCUAGCUGUUGUCUCCCUGUUUGUCAGCACUGACGUGUUUGCCUACCUGAAGCCCCUGUCCAUCUCAUCAUCAACUCUGGAUCUGGUGUUGGCCGUUCUCUACUCARUGGUGCCCCCAACCCUGAACCCUCUGAUCUACAGCAUGCGGAACAGGGAGCUGCAGCAUACAGUGAGGAAACUGGUUCAUUUGGUACUAGUUCAUCAGAAAUAA